AUGUUUAUAAGUUAUGUUCGAUCUAUAAACAUAAAUGCUGAUAAGGAUUUGCUGAGCAGGGGUUUAGUUUAAAUUACUAUACUUUCAGUUUACUAGUAGAAUGAGUUAAAUUAGGAUGAUAAACCUGAAAAAAAUCUAAAUUACAAAAAUUAUUAAUGAAAAUUGAGAUUAAAAAGUAGAUGGU